UUAGGGAACUGAUCGUGAUAAACUCGCUGAAACGUUUCAAUCAGGAAACCGACAUUCAAGGCCUCUGGGACAUCAACAAGUACGUCACGUAAUGAACUUUGGGACAUAAUUAUGUCCUUAACGACAGCAGUGUUUGUCACGCAACACCAAAGCACAAUUGGAAAGUGCGUCAUGUGAAGACGGCAGAGCAGAGGUUAGCGGGUUCAUUUUGACAUUUAUCGGCCAUGAACUGGAAUUGGAAAGAAGAUGAGUUCCUUGCUCUAAUUUUCUAACAGGGAAUGGCGGAGAGAAAAGCAAUGCCGUCCUUUAGGAACAAAAUCGCUUCUGAAGAUAAUAUCCGUAGCAGUUUACAAUCCAAACUUGUACAGAAUGGUCACGUUACGCUGAAGACGAACGCUUUUCAAAACAAGCGCAAAGUGGAGUUAUUUAUUGAGUGUACAGACCUCGUACAACUGGACACCUUCUCGAGAACAGACCCCAUGUGUGUGCUUUAUGCGAAAAGACUCGGGCAAUGGAUGGAAUACGGACGGACAGAAUCCAUACCAAACAUGUCUCAUCCAAAGUUUGUAGAAACAUUUAUCAUUGAGGCCAACUCUACGGUUUAUCCAAGGUUAAGGUUUUCAGUGUUCGACUUGGCCAACUUUACAUCCAAAGAUCUCCGUAAACACGAUUUUGUGGGCUCGAUUGAAAUCGAGCUCGACACAUUGUUAGAAUCAAGUUGUGGUACGUUGAUAAGAACACUGAGAGUGCCAGGAGACGUCAAGUCACGUGGUUAUAUUCACAUUUACGUGGACGAUGUGAGAGAUGAUAAAACAAAUGUUAGACUUCAUUUUGGCGCCACAAAUCUGGAGAAGAAAGGCCUUUUAGGAAAAUGUGAUUCGUUUUUUGAGGUUAAUCGACUUCUUCCAAGGAGUAAUCAUCUUCACCCAGUUUAUAGAUCUGAAGUGGUUACAAGGACAGCGUGUCCCAAGUGGGCGCCGUUGGAUAUUAGUUUACAGAAGUUGUGUAAUGAAAACAUUGAUGGACAGCUUGUGCUAACGUGUUGGCAUUUCUCUAACACUGGUAACCACACCCUGGUGGGGGAAGCCAAGUUACCAUUGAAUUUACUUCUUAAGAGAGCAGUCAAACAAGUGGAUAUAGUGAAUCCAAAGAAGCAGAUUAAAAAUAAACGCUAUUCAAACUCUGGGAUUCUUCGUAUUCUACACUGCUACGUGGAUAAACAAUUUAGUCUUAUUGAUUACGUCAGAGGAAAUUGCGUCAUCAGAAUGGUAUGCGCCAUUGAUUUCACCAUUUCCAACGGUCCGCCUUUGACCCAGGAUUCCCUGCAUACGAUGGACGAGGAGAAGAAUGAGUAUUCUCAGACCUUGAAGUCAAUAGGGAAGGUUUUAUCAAGCUUCGAGAAAGAUAAGAAAAUUGCAGCGUAUGGAUUUGGAGCCCAGGCCUGCUCAACAGGAGCACUACCUUAUAUGUUUGCUCUUGAUAGUGAAACAGGAAAACCUGAGCUGGAGAAUGUAGAGGCUGUUGUUGACGCCUACUGGAAAAGACUGGAAGACGUCAAGUUGGGCGGACCCACCCAUCUUGCGCCCAUUAUCCAAGGGAUAGCGGCAUACGCCGAGAAAGAAGUAUCCCAGUGUUCUCAGCAUUACACAAUAGGACUUGUUAUUGUUGACGGCAUCGUCAAUGACGUAGACCAUUUGAUAGACGUGUUAGUUGAUGUGGAACGCUCGCCUCUCUCUAUAGUUGUUGUAGGCGUUGGGCCCGCAGACUUUAGAUUAAUGAAUGAACUUUUUUCAAGAAAUAGAAGACAGCUAAGAUCUAAAGGAGGAAAGACAGCGAGUCGCAUAAACACGGACUUUUUGUCUCUAAGAAGACACGCUGCAAAUCCAGGAGUCAAUGAUUCAAUGGCGCGAGAUGUAUUUGCAAACAUUUCACAACAAAUUGUGACAUUUUUCAAGUCCAAAGGGAUAGUUCCCAACCUUCCAACGAAAAUGAACGUUAUGGAACCAUUUGACGACUGUAAUAAUUUAUCCGACGCGUCAUCAAGACCUUCCUCACCACGCGUGCGUAAGAUUUCACCACACAUCGCUGCCAGAUGUCCGACUUGUGGUUCUGUGAUUGACCGCGACCCAUUCAACAUGCUCUCACUGUAGGAAAUUUUGACGAUCUUAAGGGCUUUUCAAAGAUGCCCCUGAAGAACUGAAGACGUUUAAUAAGACACGCUUAAAACCUUGAUUUCCUUCACGAUCUUUGUUCAUGGCGUUGUCAAGUGAUCAUUUCCUUUUCGUGGUACUCUACUCUGUCAAAA